CGCCUUUUUUGAGCUUUUUUUUUCGUUUUUGUUGUUGUUGUUGUGACUGUGACUGCGACUGCUGGAGGAGAAACGGCAGCGCCUCCUCUGAGCUGUAUGACUGCAGAGCAGAGCCCCCUGAUAGCCUCAAUUUAGGCGCUCCUGUUUAUUUGGUCCAGCCUCCAACCGCUACGCCUCGUCUUUUUUUGGCAGCAACUUGGAAAACCGUGCCUGGAAGUGCCUGGUCUGGCGUGUAUUCUUCUUAGACAAGCGUUUGCGUCAGCCGCCAUGCUCUAGGUGCUGCACCUCAGCCCGAGUGUCCCUGAUGAGGAUUUUCAUUGCAAGGAUACCUCUUCUUUUUUUUUGAGACGACCACACAAACCAUCUCUCGCCCACCAGCGCUGCCUCUACAUUGUCAACCUGUCCCCUUAAUGCCGUCAGAACAUUAUUCCAAGUUGUCAACGCGUCCUAGCGCAUGCCUUUGGCUUCGUAAAGCGAGCGAACAGCUUCCCUGCUCAGACCGCUGUCCCGUCAUUCAAACGCCAUGAAGGAGUCCUCCACCCCGACAACUCCCACCAUGGAUGGUGCCAACUUGUCUCUUGUCAACGGUGGUCCCGUGUGGCAAGUUGGCGACCGCGUCCUGGUCGACAAAUACUAUGGAGCUGAAAUCAAGUAUUACGGUCCCGUCGACUUUACCAAGGGCACUUGGGUCGGCCUCCUCAUGGACGAGCCCAUUGGCAAAAACAACGGCACUGUUAAAGGUCGCCAGUAUUUUGACGGCUGUCCACCAAAGCAUGGCCUUUUCACCCUACAAAGCCGCUUGACGAAGCAACAUCCGUAUAAGCCAGGGGAUCGUGUAGUGGUCAAAAAGCAAAUGGUUGGCACGGUCCGCUUUGUGGGUGAAACGCACCUCGAGCCUGGCCUUUGGUUUGGCAUCGAGCUGAAUACUCCCAGUGGCAAGCACAACGGCACAGUCGGAGGCAAUACCUACUUCACCUGUGAGCCCAAGCACGGCAUUUUUACACGCGCAAGAGACGUGGAGAUUGCCCCGUCAACCAUUGAUCUGCGUACGCAUCACGGUAGUCUCUUGCUCGUCAAUUCGCCACCUCACGGCCUCCCUGACUGUUCCACUCCAUCACUGCCACCCGGAACGAGCAAUCUCAAAGCUGAGAAUGACCGAUUGCGGCAAGAAGUUGCAGCGCUGCGCGCGGCAGCACAAGCCACUGUGGCAACAGACUCACCUUCCGCGCAGGCCUCUGCCCCAGCAUCAACACCAACAUCGGGCUCUUCACUCCAACCACCCCCAUCGCCUUCGCAUGGGACCGCGGAUGCCGGCAAGAGCACAGCUUCGCUACAGGCCACUAUCAACGCACAACGAGUCACUAUUGCCGAGCUUCGGGCGCAAUUGGAUGAAGCCCGCAAGGCAGCCUCGACAGCAUGUCAUUAUGCCGAUGAGCAUAUCCGAGAAUGGAAGGCGCUGAGCCGCAUGAUCAAUCGCUACGAGUGGCGACUAGAGGACAUGGCCAUUGCCGCAGAUGCCAUCGAAGCUGAGCGAGACGAGGCCGUCGAGCUCUACGAGUCCACCUCAGACAAGCUGGCCGCUCGCGAGAUGGACAUGUUUGAUGCACAAAAGGGCAUGAUGGACGCGCUACGUGAAGUAGACAUGUGGAAGCAAGAGGCAGAACGCUACAAGCAGGCCUUCCAGACUAACAUGGGCUCGGCCUCGCCGUCGGAGGUGGGGCAUGGCGUAGACGAUGACCCCCUGGCUCACGUCUCUCAGCUUUUGGAAAUGUGUAGCCAGUCCCCUGCCGCCCGAUCUGCUGCAUCGCGUGUGGCGGGCAUUCACGACGAUGGCGAGAAACUGAUUUUGGACAUGUCCGAAGUCAACUUGACCGACACGGCAGCUGCCCUGGCUUCUGCUUUUCAAAGCCACCGAACCUCAAAUGCAGCCAGUGAAUACGCCGGCCACAGCGAGACGGCCGACCUUAGUGAGGUGCAGGAAGCAGACGAACCUGUUGAAAACGCAAUCGUCAGCCAGGAAGCCAAGGCUCCCCGGCCCACGCCGCCCCCUGGUGUGGAUGCUGAAAACUUUUGUGAGAUUUGCGAGCUCUACGGUCAUACCGCAGACGAGUGUGACGACACGGUGACGUUCUAAGAGCGUAUAGCCAUCCACGCCUAUUCGGCGCCUCCUUUUCAUCUUUAGGAUCAUGUGGCCUAAAUUAUCUUACCGCUGGCGGCCAAAUGCUUGUCCUUGAACGUACUGUUUCACUGCAACUAGCGGCCAACAGCCUCGGGCUCUGUCCGAUUAAUCGUGCUUUCCGUUGACAUGCUUGGGUUGACAAUUUGCUUUGUGGUGCUCUUCUUCUGAAGAAGGGAAAAAUUUAUACCCAUCAUGUUC